CUUCAAACACAGUUUAGAUUAGACCAGACGCCAAUGUGAAGCCACAGAUUUUGCCUUUGGGUCAGUGUCUGGACCUACCUGUGCUACCUGCUCUUUUUUCACUCUCACAUUUCAUUAAAUGCGCAUGUGAGAAAAAUCCGUUUUACUUUUACUUGCAGUCUGUUCACAUAGCGAGAGGUCUAAUGAGGGGAAAAAGCGAUCAUUUCUUGCAGUGUGUGAUGAUUUCAAGCGUCCUCUUUGUGAUGGUGAAUGGAUAUCGACCCGUCGUUAUAGUUCAUGGGUUAUUUGACGGACCAAGACAGUUCAUUAAACUCGCCAGCUUCAUCAGUAAGACUCACCCAGGUACUAAAGUGAUUACAGUAGACAUGUAUGAUGACAUGAACAGUCUGAAACCUCUGUGGGACCAAGUUAAUGGUUUCAAAAAGAUAAUUCAACCCAUCAUGAAGAACGCCACGGACGGCAUCCAUCUCAUCUGUUUCUCACAAGGGGGUCUGGUAUGCCGAGGAAUUAUUGCCACACUUCCCAAACACAAUGUCCACUCCAUGAUCUUCCUGUCAUCGCCGCUGUCUGGCCAGUACGGAGUAACAUCAUACAUGAUGCACGCCUUCCCAAAAUGUAUUAAGCAGCUCGUUUAUCAACUGUGUUACAACUUCUUGGGACAAAAGAUCUCGAUCUGCAACUUUUGGAAUGAUCCACACCACAGAGAGAGGUAUCUGAAGAGCAACAAGUAUCUUGCCCUUCUGAAUGGCGAGAUCGAGCACCCUAAUUUAAACGAAUGGCGAGAACACUUCUUGGGUAUUAAGAAGUUAGUGCUGAUUGGAGGACCAGACGAUGGCGUUAUUACACCCUGGCAGUCGAGUCAUUUUGGAUUCUAUAACAGCAAUGAAACUGUGGUCGAAAUGAAAGAACAGGAUUGGUAUCUGAAAGAUGUGUUUGGACUGAAAACACUAGAUGCCAGAGGAGCGCUGGUCCAGUGUGUCUUCUCGGAUGUCAAACACAUCCUCUGGCAUUCAAACAUAACUGUGUAUGAAAACUGCAUAGAGAAGUGGCUCACAUAAGUAACAGAAGCACACAUAUGAACCAUGACAUGGACAGUUUGCUGUCGUUCUGCAUUCACGGAUCUGUGCUGAGAUGUAAAGGAAAAACAACUGUGCUUGUUCAUGUUCAUAGACUAGAAUCUAAUCUAAAUGACUGGAAAUUGCUUUGGAACUUUAUUGAUGAAUGAUACAAGAAAAUCAGUGUAACUGUGUGUAACAGACAUGCAUAUUGUUUCUAUGCUGGAUUGUUUUAAGCUUUUAUAAAAAAGAAUAAAAAAGAUACUGUGUGUAAAAAUA